AUGGCACCACCAGAUCCUCCGACACAACGAUGCUCCGAUGAUCCCGUCCUCAUCAUCGGCGCUGGAAUCAGUGGCUUACUUCUUGCUCAGCAUCUCCUUCAUCGCUCCGUGCCCUUCCGCAUCUUUGACCGCGAUGCCGAUUUCACGACUCGUGGAGUUGGUUGGGGCUUGACCUUGCACUGGUCUCUCCCCGCCAUUCGCACGCUUCUCCCCGACAAGUUGGUUCAGCGUUUGCCAGAGACAUAUGUCGACCGUGAAGCGGUCGAGCGUGGAGAGACAUCCAGGUUUCCUCUCUACGACCUGGCCACAGCUAAACUCGAAGCCGCCACACCGCCUGCCACCGAGGCCCAGCGCAUUCGCGUCACCCGUGAACGUCUACGCCAGCUGAUCGCCGAGGACAUCCCGAUCGAAUGGUCAAGGGCGUUCUCCUCCUUUGAGGAACAGGGCGAGCGCGUCAUUGUCAAGUUUGACGAUGGUUCAGAGGCCACUGGUCGCAUCGUCGUUGGUUGUGAUGGCAGCACCUCCCGCGUCCGCCGCGCCGUGUUCCCUGAGCAAUACAAAGGAUACCACCUUCCAAUCCGCGUUCUCGGUUUCACAGCCAAAUAUACAGCGCAAGAGAUUGCUCCUAUGAAGACGCUCGACCCCUUCUUCCUCCAGGCCACCUCGUCUCAAGACAACAACUUCAUGUACUUCAGCAUACUCGACGCCCCGGGAAACACACCCCAGUCCAACAAGGCAAACUCUGUAUCCAUGUACACCGGCCAGGUUGUGGUGUCCUGGCCCUACCAACCGGGUUUUCAGUCCCGCGACUCCCCCCUCGAUUUUCCCGAGAACGAAGAUGCCAAGCGAGCCCUCAUCGGCUCCUUCGCCCAAUCAUGGGCGGAGCCGUUCCGUUCCAUCGCCAUGGGCGUUGCAGCCAGCGCCGAGGUCAAGCAGCUUGAGCUUCAGGACUAUGUCCCUGGUGAGGGUCUGCGGAGCGCGGGCCGAGUAGUGCUCAUGGGUGAUGCCUUCCACGCCAUGACCAUGUACAGGGGUGAGGGUGCAAACCACGCAGUUCUGGAUGUGCUCGACUUCUCAGAGAAGGAUCACGCCUACGAGCCCUCUAUUGACGAGGAGGGAGGCCUUCAUGCACUACGAGGAAACUGA